AUGAAGGUUUCUAUCAAAUUAACUAACUCACAAACAUUUACUGUCACUGUCCCAGACAACUCCACUGUCGAUAAUUUGAAGGCAGUCGCCAUCGCAGCCUCCCCUGCUUCUUUGAAUUUCACUCCCUCCACAACCUCUCUCUAUCUUGCAGGCAGAAAACUCAACAUCAAACAGCUGGUUUCAUACUACAGCAUAAAAGAGGGCUCUACUGUCUUAUUGGUGCUAAAGUCGAUUCCUAUCCCUGAGUUGAUCGCCAAAAAUCAAGCUCAAAUUACAAAACAAACCCAAGCAAUGAAUCAAAACAAAUCCACUUCUCUCUCAGCUGAAACAUCAACUGCUCCACAAACAAAAGUUAUCAAAACUGUUAAGAGGAAAUCAAAGAGCAAACGUUGUUCAUUCAACAACUGCUCUUCUGCGCCUCUAAGAAUCGUUGGUGAUUGUGAUUACUGCAAAGGUCGUUUUUGCUCAACCCAUCGUUUACUAGAAAACCACUUUUGUUCAGGUUUGCAAUCGUGCAAAGAUCAACUACAUCAAAGAAACGCAACAAAACUACAUAGUGAACAAACUAUUGCUUCAAAAGUCUAA